AUACCAGUUGUGUGUCGCUGAGUGCGGCUCUGUGUAAAGAGGUUGGUUGGAUGGUGACAGUUGCUAGCUUUCACUCAACAAGGAAGUAGAAGCUGCCGUGUUCCGCAGACGGAACAAAGGUCCGUGGUUUGGUGUAAUCGGUGUCAGCCAUGUCUCUGUUACGCUUCCAUGUCCCUGCGUGUCUGCGGUAAGAUGAAGAUGACUUCCUACAGCGGACCUGUGUCUCUCUGAAGCUGAUGGUCUGAUUUGGAAUGCAGAGCUGAUUUUAGCUGCUGCUUCCCACAUCGGCACAUCUUUGGUCAAGCAUGGCUCCUGUUCCUCCUGGGAUCCGGCUGCUGGUGUCCUUCAACAGGGACCAAUGGUAUCGGGCUCUUACCUUCAUCCUCACCUUCCUCCUCUACACUAGCUUCCACCUCUCCAGGAAACCCAUCAGCAUAGUAAAGAGCGAGCUUCAUAGGAACUGCUCAUCUGCCAGUGAACUGGCCUCUGUCGCUUUGGGCAGAAGUGGGGGCCGGGAAGCCCCUCUCCCUUCACUCCACACAGAUAAUGAGUGCGGCUGGAAACCUUUUGAUAAAAGCAACUACAAACAGCUGUUAGGAGCCAUGGACUACUCCUUCCUCUGUGCCUAUGCCAUCGGGAUGUAUCUCAGUGGCAUCAUUGGGGAGCGCCUACCUAUCCGGCUGUAUCUCACAGUGGGAAUGCUGGCCAGUGGGCUUUUCACCUGCCUGUUUGGCCUCGGCUACAUCUACAACAUCCACAGCCUGGGUUUCUACAUAUUUGUUCAGGUGGCCAACGGGCUUGUUCAAACCACUGGCUGGCCCAGUGUAGUGACCUGUAUUGGCAACUGGUUUGGAAAAGGAAGGCGUGGGCUCAUCAUGGGGCUUUGGAACUCACACACCUCAGUGGGAAACAUCCUGGGUUCUCUAAUCGCUGGGUACUGGGUCUCAUCUAACUGGGGCCUCUCCUUCAUUAUACCUGGCCUCAUCAUUGCAGCCAUGGGAGUGAUUUGUUUCCUUUUUCUUAUUGAACAUCCCAAUGACUUAAAAGGUGUUUAUGCUCAGAACCUUUGUCCUGGAAAUGGUGUUUCAGCCAAAAGCUGGAAUGGAGCAAAUGGACAUUCAAAGGUUUACCUGCAGUACAAGGACAACAAAACACAGGCCUACAGCUAUCUGAAGGAAAGUCUUCUGAAUAGGAAGAGCUAUGACACGGAGCUGCUGCUACCCCGGGACUCCGUCUGUGUCCCUGCGCAGCCUGUUGUGGUAGUGAAGAGUGAGUCGGAGCCGUCUGCCAUCAGCUUCAUGGGAGCACUGCGAAUACCUGGAGUGGUGGAGUUUUCUCUGUGCCUCCUCUUUGCCAAACUGGUCAGUUAUACCUUUCUUUUCUGGCUGCCCCUCUACAUCACGAAAGCAGCUCACCUGGAUGCAAAGAGAGCUGGAGAUCUGUCCACCUUGUUUGAUGUUGGAGGAAUUGUUGGAGGGAUUUUGGCAGGACUCAUCUCUGAUAAACUGGGGAAGAGAGCCACCACAUGUGCUGUCAUGCUGCUGCUGGCUGCUCCUACGCUCUAUGGCUUCUCAAUGAUCAGCCAGUUUGGUCUGGGUCCAACUGUUGGAAUGCUGUUGGUGAGUGGGGCGCUGGUAAAUGGACCAUAUGCCCUCAUUACAACUGCAGUGUCAGCAGAUCUGGGAACCCAUAAAAGCCUGAAAGGCAACUCCAGAGCUCUGUCCACCGUUACCGCCAUCAUUGAUGGGACAGGAUCCGUAGGUGCAGCUCUGGGCCCCCUGCUGGCUGGCCUGUUAUCUGCAGGCGGCUGGGAUCAGGUCUUCUACAUGCUGAUGACAGCGGACUUCCUGGCCUUGUUGCUUUUGUUACGGCUGGUGACGAAGGAGCUGUCCUCAUCUAAAUCUCAUCCAGUCUCUGCUAUGGAGUUAAAGGAGCACUGAACACUGGCUACACCACUACUAAUCCCUUCUGAAAGUUGAUGGCAGCACAAUAAGAACUGUGAGGGGGAGGUGAAUCCUUCCGAUGCUCAGGCAGAAAAUCAGUAAAUCAGUCCUGUUUUUUUUUUUUUGGGGGGGGGUAGGGGGUUAUGGUGUAUAUCUCAGUUGUGUCUGAAUCUACUUGGGCCCUUAUAUUUAAGUAAUGUCCUGCCAGUCGGACCACUGAGUGCUCCAUCCCUCUCACUGGCAUUUAUUUUAUGCUUUUUUUUUUAUUUUGUGUCAUUCUAUUUUGAUGCAGCACAGACAUCUCUGUAUACACAUUCACCAAUUGGUCAGUAAGGGCCAACCUGCCUUGACGUUUUCUAUUUGGUAAAGUGAGCCUGUAGCUCUAGAAGUCUGAUGUCGGCAUGCCUGGGAGAAGCUCCUCCUCGCUGGUUUCUACAUGAUGUGCCUGUUUCAUGCAAAGCGUGUUUAGCAUGUUCCAGCAGCUGAUGGAUGAAAUAAAGCUGCUGGUUUGAAGUCAUCUUUGCCUUACUACACCAAAGAGCUUAUGGGAUCCAUUUAAUGGCUGAUUGGAAUGGAUCUUAAUCUGUGUUUAUUUCUGAUUAUUAUUAUCCUUGUAAUGAGGGAACCAAAGCUCUAUUUUUCUAAGCUGCUAAAAAGACCGUGGUUUGUCCUUGUGGUGGGGGGGAGACGGCUGACAUAUUGUGAAUGUACCUGCCGGAUCAGAAGGUUGGCUUUACCAACUUCAUGGGUUAAUUUACUUGUGCUUUUCUGUAAGGUUCUUUUUUUUUUUUUUUUUUUUUUUUUUUUUUUUAAACAACAUGCACGUUGUAAUUAAAUUGCAACUUUCCCUUUUUUUCUAAUUGUUAUUUUUUUUAAAUGAUCAGUCCUUUCCUUAAAUAUUUCUGAAUCUGAAAAGAUCUUUUGGUAUUUUUGAUUUUAUCAGUUAAUUAUUUAUGUUCAUUUAUGUUAAUUUAUUGAACACCUGGAAAAUAUUUUUCAUUUUUAGAAGGAGACCACAUUUUUAUUUAUUAUGUGAUGGUGUAGGACUUAAGUACUUGAAAUGUUGCGUGCCUUGUAUGAAGCAAUUGCAGAUUAUUUUUUUGUUUCUUUAUUUUUUGUUGUGCGGGAAGAAAAUCACAAAGGUAUAAUUUCUAAAGAUGAUUAUUAAUGAGAAUUUCUGGCAAACAUAAAUAAACUUGUUUGUUCUGGGA